UCGUAGGACCUUCGUCUUGUACUAAGAUGGGAGGUGUCAAGAUUAUUCUGUUCAUCGGCUUACUCAGUAUCUUGAGUGCAAACGCCGGAAAACCAAAAAAAUAUGACAACAAACGCAUCCAUAUACAAGCCGACAACAGCGCUUACACACAAAGCGGGGUAGCUAUGGAAGCAGCUGUUACUGAUGAAGACGGCACAAAGGGACAAAGAUACCAACGAGACCACGGCAACUACCAAUACACGAACAAAGAAGUGACUAUCGACCCAAAAUAUAUCGAAAAGAGAUCAAACGACUACGAAUCCACAAACGACAAUGAAAAUAUUGGAGAAUACAGCACCAGUGCUGAUGGUAAACAUAGUAAAUCUGCUGAUGUAUACAGAGGGAAAUAUAAUAGUAAAGGGAAGAAUAAGUAUAGCUUUGUUGGAGAUGAUGGGACAGAGAUAGAAAACGAAGAUUUUAAUGAAGAUGAAUCGGAAUCCGAGACUAAAACUACGACGGCUACUGACACGGUUCCUGUUAAAAAACCUCACCCUGCUUUCGAUACGCAACACACCCAUCUCAUGCCAAUGCAGGUUCAAGUACCCGAUGGUACAGAGAAAUCGAAAUGGAAGAUUGUAUCAGAAAAAUUCAUAGAAAACGGCCAACCUUGCAUUAUAAUGAAAAUGAUUGCGAUGGAUCCUGAUGAUGAAGAAACUAGGACGACAUCUACAACAUCUACCAAUUACAAAUCACGUCAUUCUUCUAACAGUAUUUCGACAUACAAAAGUGGCAACCAUCCGACGGAUCAGCCCGCUGACGGUGUCAAUGGAAAUGGACCUAUUGUUAUUCCGAUAAAUAACUCAGGUGCAUCACAAAUAACAAUAAUAGGCGGCAGAACAUCAACAAACUUUGGUUCCGGUACUACAACGACAUCAGCUACCAAUAGCCCUGGUAGAAACAGCUAUGUAACAGCCAGCAAUUACAACAACGGGGGGACUUCCUCAGGACACGUCAUCACUAUAGAAGAACCCAAUCAACCACGUGAUGAUGCUGCUAUAGGAAGGAAAGGAAGCCCAAGUUCCAAUGAUGCAAAUGAUACAGGAAGUCCAGGACCUGGACAAUCAGAUGCUGCUAUAGAAAGGAAAGGAGGAAGCCCAAGUUCCAAUGAUUCAAAUGAUACAGGAAGUCCAGGACCUGUACAAUCAGAUGCUCCAAAAGAUGGUACUUCUACAGAUGCUGGUGAAAAAGGCAAAAGAAGGAAGAUAAAAGAUGAUAAAGGCGGUUCAAGCAUGGUUGCUGGAGAUAGCAACGGUAGCGGAGCUAAUUCGGGUCCUAGAGGUUCAGGAGCUGCGUCCGGCGGCAAUGCGGUCGCAGGUGGUACUACCACUGGAAACGGAGGAGGCUCCAGUUCUGUUGCUGGAGCUAGCACAGACAGUGCAGCUAAUUCGGGUCCUGGAGGUUCUGGUGCUGCGUCCGGCGGCAAUGCGGUCGCAGGUGGUACCACCACUGGAAACGGAGGAGGCUCCAGUUCUGUUGCUGGAGCUAGCACAGACAGUGCAGCUAAUUCGGGUCCUGGAGGUUCAGGAGCUGCGUCCGGCGGCAAUGCGGUCGCAGGCAGUACUACCACUGGAAACGGAGGAGGCUCCACUUCUGUUGCCGGAGUUAGCACAGACAGUGCAGCUAAUUCGGGUCCUGGAGGUUCAGGAGCUGCGUCCGGCGGCAAUGCAGUUGCAGGUGGUACCACCACUGGAAACGGAGGAAGCUCCACUUCAGUUGCUGGAGCUAGCACAGACAGUGCAGCUCAUUCGGGUCCUAGAGGUUCAGGAGCUGCGUCCGGCGGCAAUGCGGUCUCAGGUGGUACUACCACUGGAAACGGAGGAGGCUCCACUUCUGUUGCUGGAGUUAGCACAGACAGUGCAGCUAAUUCGGGUCCUAAAGGUUCUGGUGCUGCGUCCGGCGGCAAUGCGGUCGCAGGCAGUACUACCACUGGAAACGGAGGAGGCUCCACUUCUGUUGCCGGAGCUAGCACAGACAGUGCAGCUAAUUCGGGUCCUGGAGGUUCAGGAGCUGCGUCCGGCGGCAAUGCGGUCGCAGGCAGUACUACCACUGGCAACGGAGGAGGCUCCACUUCUGUUGCUGGGGCUAGCACAAACAGUGCAGCUAAUUCGGGUCCUGGAGGUUCAGGAGCAUCCUCAGGAGGCAGUGUCGUUGUGGGUAGCAUAGUUAUCCCGGUUCCACCAACUAAAGUCAAAGGCAAAAAACACAAACGCAAGACAGUAAAAGUCGGCGGAGGUAACCCUAUCACUGUUGCUUCUGCAAGUUCAACUGCCGCAUCGCAUAUUGGACCUAAAGGAAUGGGCGCUGUUUCAGCUGGUAGUGUCGUUGUGGGCAGUAUAUCUACAUUACCAGUCGUAACUAUAGUGAAAGGUAAAAAGGGCAAGCGUGAAGUUAUCCAUGUCGAUAAAGGAAGCUCAACAACUGUCGGUUCAUCCAGUUCCACUUCUGCAGUUCACACUGGACCGAAAGGAUCCAGGGAUGACAUUCAUGAUGAAACUAACUUUUCUGGAGAUGGUAACACCGAUGAUGAAAAUUCCAGUCUGGAAGGUGAUAAUUCCAGUCAGGGAGAUGGAUAUACCACUCACGAAUGCAACGAACCAGAUGAGGACACCGAUGACGGAAAUAGCGGCUCCGAAGAUGGAGGUAACAGCUCUGAAGAUGGAAAUAUCGGCUCCGGAGAUGGAGGUACCACUCACGAAUGCAACGAACCAGAUGAGGACACCGAUGAGGGAAAUACCGGCUCCGGAGAUGGAGGUACCACUCACGAAUGCAACGAACCAGAUGAGGACACCGAUGAUGGAAAUAGCGGCUCCGGUGAUGGAGGUACCACUCACGAAUGCAACGAACCAGAUGAGGACACCGAUGAUGGAAAUAGCGGCUCCGGUGAUGGAGGUACCACUCACGAAUGCAACGAACCAGAUGAGGACACCGAUGACGGAAAUAGCGGCUCCGGUGAUGGAGGUAACAGCUCUGAAGAUGGAAAUAUCGGCUCCGGAGAUGGAGGUACCACUCACGAAUGCAACGAACCAGAUGAGGACACCGAUGAUGGAAAUAGCGGCUCCGGUGAUGGAGGUACCACUCACGAAUGCAACGAACCAGAUGAGGACACCGAUGAGGGAAAUACCGGCUCCGGAGAUGGAUAUACCACUCACGAAUGCAACGAACCAGAUGAGGACACCGAUGAUGGAAAUAGCGGCUCCGGUGAUGGAGGUAACAGCUCUGAAGAUGAAAAUACCGGCUCCGGAGAUGGAGGUACCACUCACGAAUGCAACGAACCAGAUGAGGACACCGAUGAUGGAAAUAGCGGCUCCGGUGAUGGAGGUAACAGCUCUGAAGAUGGAAAUAUCGGCUCCGGAGAUGGAGAUACCACUCACGAAUGCAACGAACCAGAUGAGGACACCGAUGAUGGAAAUAGCGGCUCCGGUGAUGGAGGUAACAGCUCUGAAGAUGGAAAUAUCGGCUCCGGAGAUGGAGGUACCACUCACGAAUGCAACGAACCAGAUGAGGACACCGAUGAUGGAAAUAGCGGCUCCGGUGAUGGAGGUACCACUCACGAAUGCAACGAACCAGAUGAGGACACCGAUGAGGGAAAUACCGGCUCCGGAGAUGGAUAUACCACUCACGAAUGCAACGAACCAGAUGAGGACACCGAUGAUGGAAAUAGCGGCUCCGGUGAUGGAGGUACCACUCACGAAUGCAACGAACCAGAUGAGGACACCGAUGACGGAAAUAGCGGCUCCGGUGAUGGAGGUAACAGCUCUGAAGAUGGAAAUAUCGGCUCCGGAGAUGGAGGUACCACUCACGAAUGCAACGAACCAGAUGAGGACACCGAUGAUGGAAAUAGCGGCUCCGGUGAUGGAGGUACCACUCACGAAUGCAACGAACCAGAUGAGGACACCGAUGAUGGAAAUAGCGGCUCCGGUGAUGGAUAUACCACUCACGAAUGCAACGAACCAGAUGAGGACACCGAUGAUGGAAAUAGCGGCUCCGGUGAUGGAGGUACCACUCACGAAUGCAACGAACCAGAUGAGGACACCGAUGACGGAAAUAGCGGCUCCGGUGAUGGAGGUAACAGCUCUGAAGAUGGAAAUAUCGGCUCCGGAGAUGGAGGUACCACUCACGAAUGUAACGAACCAGAUGAGGACACCGAUGAGGGAAAUAUCGGCUCCGAAGAUGGAGGUACCACUCACGAAUGUAACGAACCAGAUGAGGACACCGAUGAUGGAAAUAGCGGCUCCGGUGAUGGAGGUACCACUCACGAAUGCAACGAACCAGAUGAGGACACCGAUGAUGGAAAUAGCGGCUCCGGUGAUGGAGGUACCACUCACGAAUGCAACGAACCAGAUGAGGACACCGAUGAUGGAAAUAGCGGCUCCGGUGAUGGAGGUACCACUCACGAAUGCAACGAACCAGAUGAGGACACCGAUGAUGGAAAUAGCGGCUCCGGUGAUGGAGGUACCACUCACGAAUGCAACGAACCAGAUGAGGACACCGAUGAUGGAAAUAGCGGCUCCGGUGAUGGAGGUACCACUCACGAAUGCAACGAACCUGAUGAGGACACCGAUGAGGGAAGCUCCGGCUCCGGAGAUAAUAAUACCACUGAUGAAAGUAAAGAGACCGGAACAAAACCAGGACAUAAGAAGCACCACAGACAUCAUCGCAGACAUAAAGACUCCGCUGAAUACGACGUCGGUAAAGGAUGGGAUGAUUCAACGGACGGUAGCCCUGAUCAUCAUCAUCAUCAUCAUAGGAGACACGUUAUCGUCUCACCUUGGAAAUGCAAAGGAAAGAUUUGCUUCUGUUUCCGAAGAUUUAAAUAUGUGCCGAAAUUUCUUCGCGAUUUAGUUUUGUAAAGACGGUAAUUUAGGAGUAUAGGUACUUUCUGAUUGACGAACGAUAUUUAAAGCUGGGUACUCACUUAGCUAUGUAACAGGGGCCUUAGUCUGCUAUUACAAUUGUGUCAGAAUGGUCGAUCAUUGAGCAGUGCGAGAGGGACGGAGUUAUACAACCUACAUAGCUCCGUCCCUCUCGCACUGCUCAGUGAUCGACCAUUCUGACACAAUUGUAAUAGCAAACUAAGGGUCCUGAUACGUUACGUCUUACGCGGCUUAGUACCCAGCUCAACGGAUUAAAGCUAUUCUCCUUGUGGACUUACACAAGUGCUUAUUGCUAAUAGAAAAAAAUAAUAUAUUUUUAACGCCAUCGUGUAAACAACACGUAUCGUUGAUCAUGAUCAUUUCAACUACACUCUGUCUACUGCAAUAGGAAUGAUGAAGUAUGAAAAUUAAAAAUCUAUUUAGCUCGUCAGUAAGGUAAUGAAAAAAUAUUUAUACACGUAUUUUUUUUUUGUUUUAUCGUGUAAGAUAACAAUUAACAAUACUUAGUUAAAACGUAUUAAAGUUUCGGAGUGGGAGCAAAAACGACAUUUCCACGUAAAAAAUUAACCCCAGAAGUGACGUUACGCGAUAUUUAAAAUCAAUAUAAUAAUACCUACCUCCGAAAGCAUUUAAUUUUGUUUUCGUAAGAAAAUAAAAAAUACGUGUCUAAAAUUUUAAAACUAAUCUACAAGACGGACAUUAAAAUAAAAAUUAGUCAUCUAUCCUAUUUUGGGUAUACAUGUAACUCAAUAGUUACCCCUGCACGGUUUCACUUGCUCUGCUCGACUCCUAUUGAUCGCAGCGUGAUGUUUUAAAGCUUAUAAUCUUCCUCUAUAAAUGGACUAUCCAACGCAAAUAGAAUUAUUCAUUUCAGACCGCGUCGAUUAGCGCUUUAUAAUAUUAGUGUAGAAUUUGAUUCACGAUACGAAACGAACAUGAAUAGUGAAAAGCAUUUGUCUACAUCUCGUCAUUUUUACUGAUUUAACUUAAUAAUUAUACAUAUUACUGACUUUUCAGGGUCAAAAAGCUUUUAUAACGCCUUGUACUUUGAGAGCUAAGCUUAUAACAAAAACCACAUAUAGGUCCCGGUAGGAAUAACGCCCAAUACGGAGCUGCGGACUACCUAGCGGGUUUACCGGGGCUCCGGCUCGAAAAGCAGGAGUAGGAACGGUGGUUUUUACUUAAUAAGAGUCUGACAUUCCCUUUUGCCUCACCUUAGGCGGGAGAAGUCAUUGGAUGAUUUUCCCCCCUUAAAACAAAGUUUUAACAAAAAGCUGGUUAUUAGGUAAAUUCAUUUUUAAUUUGUGUGAAUGAAAUUAAUUUCUUUUUUAAAGUGUAUGACAUAAAAUAGUAAAGUUAUUCACAUGACGUAUUUAUAGGUACAAAAUUAGUUCAUUUCAUUCUCGCGAAAAAAUAUGGCUAACAAGCUAUUUGUCAUUUUAAUUCUUCAAGUUGCUAAUAGAUGUCGUUAGAAGGCUUAGUAGUUUCUUUGACUGUAUACAACUUUGUGUAAUCAAAAUGCUUUCUCAGUCUGAAAGUUGAUAAUAUGUUACUUAUGUUACUUAUAUGUAUAUAAUGUAUUUAUGUAUCAAUGUAUAACAUAUGUAUCUAUCUAAUAUGUAUUUGUAUUCUACGUGAUUAUGUACGUAUUUAUUUAUAUGGAGCAAAUGAAAAAAUACCAAAAAAAGUCUUUUAUGUAGUAUAUUUGUACACAAUGUUAUGUUUUGAAAUAAAUUAUAUAAUUAUUUUAUUAUAGUA